AUGGCCGCUAGAUCCCCGCUCGCGUCUUCCUCUCCAACGCCCAGGCCCAACAACGCACCGCACAUCGCCGACUCCGAUUCGUACAGGGAGAAAGGGAGGGAACUGGACAGUGAAAGAGACGUAGAUGGAACAGCUGGCUACGGCACCGCGACUACCAUGAACUCAAAUCGCGCCUCGUCCUAUUUCUCUCAACAACCCCCCCAGUCCUUCUCUUACACCACGACUCCCAUCGCGGCCUCCUACUCUACCCCCCAACAGACUGAUACUCUACGAUACGACGAAGAUCGAGAGACGCAGUACAACACUUUGGCCAACUCACACGCCGGACAUCAGAAGCAACACUUCCCUUCAGAAGGCGACGUCGCAUACCAUAGCAACAACCUGGCAGUCCCUUCCGCUACUGCUCGUGGCAAGUUUACAGAAGAAUGGGAUGCGAGUCAAAGAGGAAGUAGCAUCAUCGAAGGAUAUUCGUCCAAUAUGCAGCGAUCCAAUUCGUUUGUCUCCAACAAUGCGGAGGACCAUCUGAGCCUCCCAUCGCGCCACAACACCCUCAAGAAGAAGAAUUCGCUGCGUAGGAACGGCAGCCUAAAGCGCAGCAGCAGUCGGAGAAGCAUGAAGGCUGGUAGCGUACGCAGCUUGGCUCUGCAGUCUUCAAACGAUCCCGACGAGAUCCUCAAAGAUCUCAUUGCAUAUUAUCGCGAAAUCCAGACACACUAUGAGCACAAGUCCAAAUCGCUGUUGAAACUCGCCAACGUCGCCAAUAAUAUUUCGACCCCCCCUGGCUUCCUGGGCUCUGGUGGCAUCGAUGAUGCUCUACAGAUAUUGCGUAGCUACCAUAAGGGCGCCAUUCUGGAGUCCAAUAAGGCAAGAGAGAUCGAGGAGGAUGUUAUCCUAGCCCUCACUGGGUUGAGAAACGACCUUCACCAGAAGAUCAAAGAGAUCAAGAACUUGUCGGGCGAUUUCAAAAACUCGGUGGACAAGGAGAUGGAUGGUACCAAGCGCGCUGUUAGGGUGCUGCAGGACACAUUGGGCCAGACUGAUCUGGACCCCUCAUUGACGACUGGAAAGCAAGACCCGUAUCUUCUGCGGCUUGCUGUCGACAGACAAGUUGAGCGCCAGAUCGAUGAGGAGAAUUACCUCCACCAGGCAUACUUGAACCUGGAGAACUCUGGCCGCGAACUUGAAGCCAUUGUAGUCGGCGAAGUCCAAAAGGCUUACAAUGCUUACGCCGGCAUCCUCAAGCGCGAGUCUGAUGCCGCUUACAACGCCAUCGACGAGCUCCGUGCUGGCCCCAUCUCUAUGCCCAAAGAUCACGAGUGGGCCCACUUCGUCCAAAAAGACGAUCAGUUCGUGGAUCCUGAUAUUCCAAUUCGGUCUGCCGAACACAUUCACUACCCUGGCAGAGAGCACGUCGCAUGCCAGGAGAUUCGUGCGGGGCUCCUCGAGCGCAAGAGCAAGUACCUUAAGAGCUACACAGCUGGGUGGUAUGUACUUUCUUCAACUCAUCUUCAUGAAUUCAAAUCAGCGGACAAGGCCCAGGCUCCUGUUAUGUCACUGUACCUUCCAGAGCAGAAACUAGGUUCGCACUCUAGUGAGGGAGGAUCCUCCAAUAAGUUCAUCCUCAAGGGUCGCCAAACCGGAUCGAUGCAUCGUGGCCACACGUGGGUCUUCCGGGCCGAGAGCCAUGACACAAUGAUGGCUUGGUACGAAGAUAUCAAGGUUCUCACUGAAAGAUCCCCUCAAGAGAGGAGCGAGUUCGUCCGCGGACACGUGCGAAGCUUGAGCCAGUCCUCGCAAAGAUCCACAAGCAGCGAUGGCGCUCUCGAAGAUGAUGAUGAUGAGCCAUUUUCGGCGGACGCAGCGGUUGCAGCAAACACGAGCCAGAGGCAAGACGUCCGCCGUCCGGAAGCAGGUGGGCGGUUCCCAUCUGACAUUCAGGUCAACGCGCAGCGAGGCUUACAGGCACCUCUUUCGCCUUCUAGUGUGAGUUCUGGAUUCGACAACUCUGAUGGCGACGCAGCCAUUCAACCAUCCACCUUGUCGGGCAGUAUUUUGGGUGUUUACCACGGCUCGACUGAGCAUCCGAACGGUUAUGGUGGUACGGACCGGACGCCCAUGGAGGAGGUCCCAUCUCAUGCUGCUGUCGUUACUCAACAAGCUCGAGAAGACGGAGUAAACCCAUAUACCCGCGAGUCGCUUCGACGAUCGCAGUCCUUAACUCGUGGACAGCAGGCAGUCUAUGUACCCGCCACCGAUUUGCAGAAAUCCCAUAGCCAACACGCGACACCUGCCAGAUACGAAGAUUCCAGACCGGUCUCUACCGCCAACCAUGACCGUGUUCUCGAGACACCCGGUGGCAACAGUCAGUACGGCCAAUGGAUGAACAGCGAUGGAAAGUACUCGCCUGCCGUUUCAAAUAACGAUUUCAUCCAGCAACAAACCAAUGAAUACUCGGCAUCGGGUAGCAGAAACCUGGAUGGUGUUACUAUGAUCCCCAUCGUCGGAAUGGACAAAGGAUAUGUUUCUCGCAGCGACAGAACCCCUCCGCCAGACGGGCCGUCUGCCCUUGCUGCUGAUGCUCCAACAUCUGUUCCCAGGAGUCAAGAAGCGCCUCGUCAACAGCAGCCAUCAUCUUCCAUUCGCCCUACCGCUGGCACUGUCAGAAACGAUAGCGUUCCGACAAUCUCUAACCUGCAUAUUCCUGGAGAAUAUCCCAAGGGAAAUGCGGCAGCGGUUAAUCCGAGACGAUGA